AUGUGGCCCGAGGAAGAUGAAGAUAUGGAGUUAGAUUCACCAAAAACACCUCUGUUCAAAUUCAUCAAAAGUAAGAUGACGUAUUCCGGAAGCGACGUCACUCUUAAUAAACAUGAUAGAAUCCAUGUCAAAAAUCGUGAGGAAGCCAACUCUUUACCUCUAGGGGAUCGAAUAAAUCUACGUAAAGAGUUCAUACAACGUAGACGGUGGGUUGUUGAUUUAGAAUUCGUCUUUGCGAUGGCUGGUAUAAUUUUGAUGAUGAUUGAAACGGAACUUUAUAUUACACACAACAUAUCAAAAACGAGUGUGAUUUCCCUGGGCAUCAAAUGUAUUAUCUCAGUCACAACCGCCGCCCUCCUUGUUACCAUAUGUAUCAACUACUACACGGUGAUACAAAUCAAAGUACUCGAUGUCGGAGUUAAAGAUUGGAAAUGCGUAAUUACGACUUGGAUGGUUUGUAGUUUACUUGUAGAAAUUAUAGUGUGUGUUCCACAUCCGUUUCCGGGUGACUAUAACAUUGUGUAUACAUCACCUGUGGGUAGCAAACGAUUGGUCAGUAUUGACGCGGUAUUGUCAAUUCUAAUGAUGACCAGACUGUAUUUGGUUGGUAAAUUCGCCGUUGUGCACAGCCGAUUAUUGACAGACACGUCCACAAGUAGUAUUGGAACACUUAGCAAAGUGAAAAUCAACACGAAGUUUGUUUUCAGGGCUGCAAUGACUAACAGACCAGGAAUGCUGAUAUUUUUAGUCAUGGUGAUCACGUUCCUUGUAAACACGUGGGCAAUGAGAACCUGCGAGAUUUAUUAUGAACCAUCGAACAGCAAGAAUACUUACUUGGAAACUAUGUGGCUGGUUGCCAUUACUUUCCUUACAGUCGGGUAUGGCGACGCCACGCCCAGUAGUUACUGCGGCAGGUACAUUUCCAUAAUCACAGGUAGUAUGGGUGUAGUCACAACAGCUCUUCUCGUUGCCAUGUUGGCGAGAAAUCUAGAACAAUCUCGAGAAGAAAAGUACGUAUUUAAUUUCGUGUCAAGGAUGCAAAUCGAGAGCCGCAAGAAAAAUGCAGCUGCAAAUGCCAUCAAAAACGUUCUGAAAAUAUGGUCAUUGAGAAAACAUGGCGCAGGUGAAAGUAAGGACAUAAGGAAAUAUACCGACCGUUUAAAACAUGCACUGAAGGAAAUUAACGUUGCUAGAGAAGAAAUGGAUCAUAUUGGAGACGGAAUGCUGGGAAUGGUGGACGUAGCACACACGGUAGACCGGAUCGGUACGGUAGUGGACAGGAACGCUCACGGACAGAAUAAGCUGGAGAUGAGAAUUAAUUCUCUUGAUAUGCGACUCUCCAACAUCGAAGACAAAUUAAAUGAAAUAAGAACACUUCUGUCAGCAAAGUUUAGGUAG